AUGUCCCGGAUUCCAAAAUAUCCAGUUACUGCUGCUAAAGAAAACCGACCAGGAAUAUCUAACAACCGUAUAAUAUCAAGAACAAUCGGAAAUGGCUUAAGUGAUGUUGAAAAGAAGAAUCUGCUUUUGAAUCACACUAAGCCAAUGAAUGGCACCGCAAGCAACAAGGUUGCAGCUCCUCGCAUUAAAAGAUCUGCCACAGCACCUUCUUCUGCUACUGUUCCCACUAAAGCAGCUAAAGUUGAAAAGAAAACUACUACUGUUGCAGCAAGAAUUCCUUCUUACGAUUACAAAGCUAGGUUCAAUGAUUUAGUGGAGAAACACAAAGUCAUUAAGAGCGAGUUGAGUGAAUUAAAGGAAAAACAUUUGGAGAUAUCCGAUGAGUAUGAAAAAGUUAAAGACACAGUUGAAAGCAGCGCUUCAGAAAGGGAUGCUUUGAAAGAAAAACUGUUGAAUACUUACACAGAGUUAAGAAAACACUCUACCGACUUGGAAAGCUUAAAAUUAGAUUUUGAACUACUAAAACGUGAAAAUGACGAUCUUCAUGGAAAGACUAGACUGUUAGAAGAUGUGACUAAAAGUUUAAAAAUAAAGACAUCUGAAUAUGACAAACUUAAAACGGAAUUUGACGACUUAACUCGUAGAUAUAAAAGUCUAAGUGAAGAGGCUGAAGCUUUGAGAGUUUUAACUGACCACCUUAAGAAAGUAUCCGCUGAAUAUGACACAUUACAAAUCAAUCAUAAAGAUGCCCUUGACACUAUAUCCAAAACAAAAUCUGAUUCGGAGGCAUUGCAAAAUAUAUUAGCUAAUAUGUAUAAAGAACAGAGAAUGUUAAGAAAUACUGUACAAGAUUUGAAAGGAAAUAUCCGAGUUUACUGUAGGGUGAGACCUCCAUUGGAAUCUGAAUCAUCGAAGCCCCUGUACAAUCUUAAUGUCCUUGAUGCUUGUUCUAUGGAGGUAGAAAAGAUUGAGUUAUUAAAUUCAGCAAGAAAGGGUAAAUCUCAACAUUCAUUUUCAUUUGAUGGCAUAUUUACACCGCAUGCAUCUCAGGAAGAUGUAUUUGCUGAAGUUUCGCCAAUGGUCCAGUCAGCGUUAGAUGGCUACAAUGUUUGUAUAUUUGCCUACGGUCAAACCGGCUCUGGUAAAACCUACACGAUGGAAGGUGGUAAUGGGGCAGAAAAAUAUGGUAUUAUUCCAAGAGCUAUUGACAUGAUUUUUGACUGUAUGGUAGAUCUUAAAAGAAUGGGGUGGGAAUUGUCCAUCAAAGCUUCAUUUUUGGAAAUUUACAACGAAAUUAUAUAUGACUUAUUAAACUCUAGUAAGGACCAGGAGAGUCAUGAAAUAAAAAUGGUCAACUCAAAGUGUUCAGAUCUAUAUGUAUCUAAUUUGAAAGAAGAAGAAGUGAAGAGCUCUCAUGAUUUCAUCAGGUUAUUGAUAUUUGCCCAACGUAACAGACAAACCGCUGCAACAUUGAACAAUGAAAGGAGCUCGAGGUCACAUUCGGUUGCACAAAUAAAAAUAUCAGCUAUUAAUGAAAAACGAAAAGAAAAGUUCACAAGCAACUUGAAUCUUGUAGACUUGGCUGGUUCAGAGAGUGGAAAAACAACACAAAGAAUGGAUGAAACUAAACAUAUCAACAGAUCACUCUCUGAGUUAUCUAAAGUUAUCUUAUCUUUACAGACAAAUCAGUCUCACAUACCUUACAGGAAUUCCAAACUCACACAUCUGUUGAUGCCGAGUCUGGGGGGAAAUUCUAAAACACUUAUGUUGGUGAAUAUCAAUCAAUUCGACGAAAGCUUCAAUGAGACUCUUAACUCCUUGCGGUUUGCUACUAAAGUGAACAGCUGCAGAACAAUCAAGGCAAAGAAGAAUAUAACUAUGGUUGAUUCAUAA